AUGAACCCUAACUUCCUAUCAGAUGUCUUUUCCACCCUCUCCACCCUCUCAGGCGCCCUAAAAGACGGCCAUCCCCUUCCUGCAUACCUUCCCACCCUCCGUGACCGCCUCCUCUACCAUGAAUACCACGCUGGGCGACGCUCCCUCUACACACGCGUUACCCAAUCACGACCCCAUCAACCACGACCGCUCAGCCUAGACCUGAGCCUGAGCGAGAACGAGAAGGUGAAGGAUUUGCAAAGUCCUGGCUCGGAAUCGGAGAGUGAAGUGGAAGUAGAGAUCAGGGAGGCUGCAGGCCCGGCGACAGUAGAUGGGUCGAGUAUGGGCCUUGAGAUCGAUGAACUGACAUUGGAUGUAUUGACGGACGGUCAGUUGCCUGCUCAUUCUACCGCCGUGAUGGCGUUCUCGAGUCUCAUCACUCGCAUCGACGAAAUGACCGAAGUUGUACGCACGCUUUGUGGCGAGGCGACGUUCCGUGGCUAUGAUUCACUGCACCAGUACUACCUCGACCGUGAAGAGCGGGCUCUCGGUGGAGGGUUCCACGAUGCUCCUGGGCGCUGA